UGCGGUGAUAUCAGAUGCAGAGCCCAGCGCAGGACGGACACAGUUUCAGCACCUCUUGUCUUGGUGGGAUGUAGACAACUAGACCGAGAUGGAGUGAAGAGGAAAGAGCCUAUCGUUAAGGGCAGGAGCCAGCUGUGUGAGAUCUGUGAACACCAAAGGGGUAGAAGAAGGGUCUAGGGGCUGAAGGAAACAAGCCAGAAGUCUGAAAGAUUGAGGUCAAGGCUGUCCGUUGUUUUCCCUGCAGGACCAGUGAGAGAUUACGUUUUGAUGACAAGCUCUAUACCUUAAGAAUCAAGUGCUGGCGAGAAGAAUGCAAGGGAACGCCCCUAAUGGAAUGGAAUAGUACAAUGGCUGCAUCGAGGAAAAACGACAACCCUCCUUUUCAACCAGAAUCUCACCACUAGUCUGUAUUAAAGCAGUCAGGGGUACUGAAUUAAUGUCAAGCAUCACGUGGAGGCAGCAUCAUGCUGCACCGCUGGAAGUAGCUGGAGGACCACCCAUGGAGAUUCCACCUUCUCGACGUUCUCAAUGCUCCUAACACACACCAAGUAAACAGAAAUGCCUUCAAAGGUCAGCUGCUUAUACUUGUUGACGGUCGUUUGCUGGGCUAGCGCUCUCUGGUACCUGAGUCUGUCCCGUCCCUCCACCUCUUACGUGGGCCAGCUGUCCAUCCCCAUCCGCCAGAAGACCAAGCUCACCAAGAACGUGACCUUCAGCAAUAUACGGACUCGGCCGCUCAACCCACACGCCUUCGACUUUGUCAUCAAUGAGCCCAAGAAGUGUGAGACGGUGGCACCUUUCUUAGUCAUCCUGAUCAGCACCACCCACAAGGAGUUUGAUGCACGUCAAGCGAUUCGAGAGACGUGGGGAGACGAGAGCACGUUCAGCGAUGGCGUUCGCGUCCUCACACUCUUCCUGCUUGGGAGGAACACAGACCCGGUGCUCAACCAGAUGGUGGAACAGGAGAGCCAGAUCUUCCACGAUGUCGUGGUGGAGGACUUCAUAGACUCCUACCACAACCUCACCCUCAAGACCCUGAUGGGCAUGCGCUGGGUGGCCACCUUCUGCUCCAAGGCACAGUACGUCCUCAAGACGGACUCGGACAUCUUCGUCAACAUGGAGAACCUGGUCUACAACCUCCUCAAGCCCGCCAGCAAGCCGCGGAGACGCUACUUCACGGGCUACGUCAUCAACGGAGGUCCGAUUAGAGACAUGCGCAGUAAGUGGUACAUGCCCAGAGACCUUUACCCUGAGGCUAAGUACCCGCCUUUCUGCUCGGGCACUGGGUACGUGUUCUCGGCGGAUGUGGCCGAGCUCAUCUACAAGACGUCCCUGCACACCAGACUGCUUCACCUGGAGGAUGUGUACGUGGGGCUGUGUCUUCGCAAGCUGGGCAUCCACCCCUUCCAGAACAGUGGCUUCAACCACUGGAAGAUGGCCUACAGUCUGUGCCGCUACAGACGGGUCGUAACGGUCCACCAGAUCUCCCCGGAGGAGAUGCACCGCAUCUGGAAUGACAUGACCAGCAAGAAACACCUCAAGUGUUAAUCAGCUACCUACAGUUAGUGCCAAUGUGAAGAGGCCCUGAAAUCUUCAUCUUCUUCUUCUUCUUCUUCUCCUUUCUUGCUUCUUCUCUUCCUCCUCCUCUGCCCCUUCCUUCUCUUCCGAUCUCUGCUUUUCUUUGUCAAUGUACAGCACAUGAUCCUGAGGGAACGGUACUAUAACAAUAACCUUCUGGCCGUUUGCAUAGUCCAAGAGACGCUUCGCUAAAAGCCUCUUCAUCAGACCAAGGUUUCUCUCUGCUGUUGUAACUCCUGCGUUCUCCCCCGUAGCUAUUGAUGAGUUUAAAGGCCACAGGUAAGAAAAUAAAAUAAUUAUAGACAUUUUCAGAAAUAUAUUUGAUUAAAAUGACUCAAUGACUUAACUUUACUCUUAUGAAAAUCAAAUAAUGUCCCACAAUGCAACAGAAUGCCAUUUGCACCAUAUGUUGUUUAUGAGAUGAAAUCCCUAAAACACAGAGGUAAGAAGCUUAGCAGUGGAACAGAAUAGCUCAGAUGCUAUUAGGUUAAUCUAUGUAGGCAACGCUGCUAAUUUACAGAAAAAGUCUGGCCCCGUUACUGAAGUAGUAGGGAUGAUAAGAAAUACCAAGAUAUACAACCUAUGUAAAAUGCUCUGCUGUCAGUUAGGUUGAUAAUGAAUGUCCACUCUUAAUUUCCAGUCUUUGUAUAUUUAAUAAAGAUGUAUUUGUGGGAUGUACUGUUUUGGUACCGCAACAGAUGUUGUCAUUGUGAAAAGACCAUGAUAAGUAUACAAUGUAACAGCGUGCUGUCGACAUAGAUUGAGUGUACAUUGGAAUGAUCUAAGAUCGUUAGAACAGGAGACUGACAGUUCAAUGGACUUACUGUGUGACACGACGGACAUAAAUGCCUCUGCAGUUGAGUUGUAAUAUAUUGUUUUAAAGAUCAAACCUAUUUUCUUACUAUGUAUUUGGAGUCCUUUGUAUUGUACUAGGUAGAGAAUGGCUUCAUUUCUUGAACACCAGUAUUUCUUAUGGGACGGUACAAACGGCGAUGUAACAAUAUUAACCACAUGCAUUCCCAGGUGAAUGUUAUUCUAUCUAUAUGUGAUGUGCAAUAACUUCUUUGCUCUUUAAGCCGCGCAGAGUGUUAUAUUUUAUAUUACUUGAAGCCGCAUUACAUUAAAGACAUAUUUCAUUUGAGAGUGUAUCCCUUUUUUCCUACGUAUUUGGGAGUUUAAAAAUGCUGUAAUUUAUUGUGUGUGAUCCUAAUAAGAGGGCAGUUUAUAAUAUUGUUUAAUUAUUCAAUGAGUUUUAUUUCAAUACAUGCAGUAGACUGCCAAAUACCUAUUUAUACCUGAACUAAUGACUUCAGCUUUACCCAAGUCCCUCUCUGUAGUUGCAGUGCAUCCGGUAAUGAAUUGUAAACAUGUUCGGCGCUCAUUAAGAUUGCCUAUCAACACAACUCUCUGUGUA